AUGAAGCAAACGUAUCUCUUCUGUCCUCUCUUCCUUUCUCUCUCUCUUCCUUUCUCUCUCGCUUUGACAACAACCGCAAAAACAGCAACAGCGAUGGAUUUCACACACCUCUGGUCAAGACACAGCCUACUUACCGCAACCAUCAUCUUGGUUGUCGGCUUCCUUCACUAUACUGUCCUCGACCAGAUCCCCGUCAUCCGCUUCUUCCUCGAGUUGGCAUUCGGGCUCGAUGGGAGAAUCUUCGACUUCACCCAGCGCGCCUACCUAGGCGCUACAAAGGGGCGGGAUGAUUCAUUGGCCGCGGCCCUCUGGGUCAGCUAUCGUGCACUGCAACAGAUUCCACUACCAGUCGACGAGGAGCAAUUCUGCCGUUCCGACCGCGCUUUGCGAAGAAUCUCUCCCACACCCAGCAAACUCCCCGUCGACAUGCGGUGGGUCCAAUGUGGACAUUUCUCCGAUGAUAUACCCUCACCACCCAACGCGAAACUCCAACGGGAAUUCAUUGCGCCACUGCAAGUCUACCGUGACGCCAGUGCCCUAUCGCUCCACACCUACGCCAACAUCGUUCUGCCACACUACAACUCCUGGCUUGCCGCUACGACCAAGACGCACGACAUCAUCUCCUCGCGCCUCACCUACGGUUCCCACUAUCUUCUCGACAACCCCUUCUCCACUCCCUGCGAAUUCAAUGCUUCUCACAUGGUCAACUAUGCUCCCACACGAUUUUUCAAACUCUACAUCGGGCUUCGUUGUUUCUUCUACGACCCUCUCACCAUCGACUUGGUCCAGAGCAUUCAUCCCCCAGCCCCUCCACAGCGCCGGUCUCUCCGCGUUCACAUCCUUCCCAACUUCGCCCGCGACAUCGACACCUGGCGCGCGGAAAUUCCCACCAACCUGGAGCACGUCACCCCACCCGCCCGUUGUUCUCUCCGUCGUCUACCCGAACAGUGCGACGUCCCUCCCAUCGCAACGGCGCAGCGAGAGCCACACAUGCAGGAAGAAGAACAACCACCAGUCGUGGCCUUCGACGGCGGCCUCCCCACCAGCUCGAACCACAGCUCUUCUUCGGUGGUCAAGCCUCUCCUCCGUCCUCUGCCCGAACACCCCAAACCAGAUCACCCCAACGCGCCCUUUCUAGACCACCAAAUCGAACAAGCGCAGCGCGAGCUGGGCAUCUCCGAAGCCCAAGCCAUCGACUACAACUCCCUCCUCGACAAGGACUUCUUUUCCGCCGACGACGACACAAAGCUCGCCGCGCCGGUCCACCCCCUCGACCACAUCGCCGUGCGCGUGUCGUUGAACGACGCCCUCGCUUGCGUGCAGUGGCUGAUUCGCGAUCCCGUGAGGGGAGUGAGAAUCCCGUCGCAGAAAAUGAGAGAUGACCAUGACGAUUUGUUAAGGCGGGAGAGAAAAGCGGCCGAGGCUGGCGUGCUCGGGAGUCGGGGCCGGAGGUUCGAUAUCUCGGCGAGCAGCAACACGAGCUGGAACGGCGAGGAGGAGGAGGGCUGGAAUGCGGCGACUAGGAGGAAGGGCAUGGAUAUUUGGGCGUGGACGCGAUGCAAAGCGAUGAGUGUCUGGGAAUGA